AUAAUGCAUAAUUAAACGGUUGUGCUGUGUCCACCAUCCAAAAUCCAAAGUCCAGAAAAAGUGGGAACAGAAAGAAACUGUAUUAAUUUACAGGGGCUUCCCACCCCUUCUUAACCACUCUCUCUGUUCUUUUUAUACAUUCGGUUCCAGGAAGUUAUAGGCCAAAUCUUUCUCCCCUAGGACCGUAAAGGAUCGUCGUCCAUCACUCUCUUCUUUCCAUCAGAAUCUGAAGCAAAUGCAAAUGAAUUUAUAUUUUUUCGGCAUUUUCUGCUUCUUAGCAUUACUCUCCCAGUCAAAUGGAAUUCAACUUAUAAUAGUGAACAACUGCAAAGAGAGCGUAUGGCCUGGGAUUCUUGGCACUGCAGGCCAUCAGACCCCGAACGAUGGCGGAUUCCAUCUGUCUACCGGCGAACAGAUAGUGGUAGAAGUGCCCGAGAAGUGGUCCGGCAGAAUAUGGGGCAGGCAAGGCUGCUGUUUUGAUGAACAGGGUAAAGGUUCAUGCCAAACCGGAGACUGCACGGGCCUCCUUGAGUGCAUGGGCACCGGGGGGCUGCCCCCAGCAACACUAGUAGAAAUGACGCUAGGAACUGCACAGAAUCAGUUGCACUACUAUGAUGUGAGUUUGGUUGAUGGUUUCAACCUCCCCGUCUCGAUGAUUCCGGUUGGUGGCGGCGUUGGCUGUGGAGUGGCGGCCUGUGAGGCAAAUGUGAAUGUGUGCUGUCCUGCGGCCUUGGAGGUGAGAAGACGAGGGAAAGUGGUGGGAUGCAAGAGCGCCUGUCUGGCCACAAAGGCACCUAGAUAUUGCUGUACCGGGGAAUAUGGUAGCCGGGGAAGUUGUAAACCAACAGUUUUCUCCAAUCUGUUCAAGGCCAUCUGCCCCAGGGCAUAUAGCUAUGCACAAGAUGAAUCAGCUGGGCUUAAGAGAUGCAGAGCGCCACGGUAUGUCAUAACCUUUUGCCCUCCUCACAAAACAUUGCGCUAAGGGCCACUGCUACUUUGACCUUAAUUCUGCUGGGCUGAUGUUUUGUUGUUUUUGGAAGUUUACUACUACUUGUUACUGCUUUGUACGUCCCUGAUCUUCUUAGAUUGUUGAAAUUUCCUGA